CAUCAAAACCCUAUCCAUAUCAAGUUGGAUCGAAUUUUGGUUAAUGAUGACUGGUUGACUUCCUUCUCUACCUCUUACUACAAGGUUGACGACCCUGAUUGCUCGGACCAUUCUCCCCUCAUAUUGUUGAAUUCUGCUAAUUCUAGCAAAGGUCAACGUUUUAUGUUUAAAAACUACUGCUUGAAAAAACCUGAGUUUUGGAGCAUCCUUUUAGAUGUUUUUACCCACCCCAAUGAAAGCAGCCCGUUAUGCUCUUUCAGCUACAAACUUAAGACUCUUAAGAAUGCUAUCAAAUUUAAGUCUUGGUCCAAUGCUAGCAAUAUUCAAACCCAAAUUGAUAAUCUCAAAAGUCAGCAGCAUUCUCUGACUACUCAACUUCAAGCCAAUCCUCUUGAUCCUUACCUUAACUGCUCCCUGAAGGAUGUUAACUCUAAUCUUGCUUACUACCAAGACACUCUCAUCAGUUGGAUGACUCAAAGAGCUAAAGUUAAAUGUCUUACUAAUGGGGAGGACGACCUCAAGUUCCUUUACUCCAAAAUUAAUGACUCCCAAAACCAUAACCGUAUCAAAGAGAUUUCCAAUGACUCUGGCACCUUUUCCAAUCACAAAGACAUUGCUCAG